AUGUUGGGCGUUACCUUUCCCCCUCCUAUGCUAACGGGUGAUGUAACCAAGUCUAUUAUUACAGCGAGGCAUCCUUUCAUGCGGUAUGAGUCGCCAAAGGAGCAUCCCUCUUCUCUCCGUCCGUCUUGCGUUUCAUGGCCAGCUCAUUCAAGUAGUCGACGUCGAGCCAAAGAAAGGUCAGUCGAGCUCGUGGUUACCAGAGCAGCCGGGGCAUUUACCAACACUUGGGCCUCCCAACCAUCAUUCGUGGGCCAAGAAGCUUGGGACCAGUAUCCGGAAAUGCCUCCUCGUGAAACGCUCCCAAGUACCAUGUGUGUGUAUCGUUACGUGGUCAUACAGUGCUGUGCUCCGCCAGCCGCAUUCCGCGGACCAAGUCGGAAAAAAUCGUCGUACAAUCGAAAGGAAUUAGGCUAA